AUGCGUGACGUCAUCCGAUCGGUUCCUGAGUUGAUGGAUCCACAACACCACCGUACAACACCACUCCCAUCGAAUUCUGCACAAUUUCGUCUUCAGCUUGUCUAUCCCGUAUCCCCAAGCGACCCCUCAGAGAUUGGCAGUAUGCAUGCUGAAAUACCCCGAACCCCAGCAAGCAGCUCCCGCAGCGGGAAACGGUUGAAGACUGUCCGCUCCUUGAUAUAUCCGUCAAUUGAGAAGGGGGCGGCGAGAUGCGACCGCUCAACUCCUGGGACCUUCACUGGCUCGCAAGCGAGCUUCCCGUCAUCUUUCCUCGUCUUCCGGGACUUCAACAAUAUGUCCGAUCUUGCGUACUACGGCGUGUGGACCAACUGGAGUCGUAGGAAAGCUGAUGGCUCUGCAAUCACGCUCUCACCGCGCAGCGCGGGCGUCCUCGUUGCGUUCCUCACCAUCUUCGUCUCAGUCGCGCUGGCUCUUCAUGGAGGAUUUUCGCUUUCCUCACGCACUAGCGGCGCGUUAUCAAAAGCCCUCGCGAUGGGUUACAUUAUCAGCAGCGGGCCAUCCUUCGGCAAUGCGGCGACAUCUAGAGUUGCUUCCUGA